GCAAGCGACUUCUGGCCCGCCGGCUCCUCCUCUUCCAAGCUGUCAAGUACAGCAACCUUCACGUAGCUGUCCAUGUAGUAACUGUAUCAGAUUACAUGUCGCGACGGAGUAUGAGGCUGGUUUUAGGGGGAUACUACAACCAAUCCUCCGAGGAUGACGAAUCCUCCUCAGUUUCCUACAGGGAGAGCCCUGUGAGGGUCUUUACCAAGAGGAAGAGAGGGGGUCAUAACGUGGCCUCCACUCGUACCUCCAGCCGGGCUAACACCACUAGCACGAUGGAGCCACUCAGUAAUGCUGAGGACAACAUUGGGGUCUCAAGUUUGGUUCAGAGGAGGAAGACCUUCCAGGAGCCUCCCAGUGUGGCUCCAGCACCAGCCCCAAUCCUGAAUCUGGCUCCUAGCCCCAGGGGCUUCCCCUCCUGCCAGACCAGCCUUAACCAGGCCCAGAGCCAGAGCAGUGCCAUGGACAGCUCUGGUUACUCCUCUUCAGAGGCAAGACAUUUCAAAGGAUACUCUGGAUACACCUCUUUGUACGGACAAAGGGCUAGCGCCAGCCAGAGCUCUGGCGCCAGCAGGGAAAGCGCCAGCUGGACCCCUCCGUUUGUCCCUGCCGGUGUGGGGAAGGCCAUUCUAAUUGCCUUCCUCCUCCUCUUGACUUUUGGCUGCUGGCACCUUGCCCCCUUAGUAUGGUCCACCCUGACUCCGACUAUGACCCUGAACCGACCAGUCAUCACCCCGACUCCACCCCCUGUCUUCAGUCUGCCUCCCAAGGCUAUGGAUGAAGCGUCGGUAUUCAAUUCUGCUUUGGAAGCCAAGAUGAACACCAUCCUGACAGAAAUAGAAACGCUUAAGAAGCAAGAGCACCAGCAGAAAUUUGUUACCGAGAUGGUAGAGAGACUACAGACAGACUUGACAGACGUGAGGACAGACAUGAGGAAUGUGAGAGUGGACAGUGUGGAUCCUUUGGAUUGGGAACGUCGUUUGAGCCAGCAGACAGCCGGCUUCUCCAGUCAGGUAGACGACCUCAAGGAGCAACACACACACGUCAGGGGGGAGAAUCGCUGCCCUGGAGGACCAGACUGCCACGCUGCAGCAACAGGUCUACUCUGUCCAGAACCAGCCUCCCCCAGAGCCCAGACCCACCAAAGCCAACGCACACCUGACCACCGAGCUCAAAGAGGCCAUGGUCAAAUGGCUGCAUGAGAAUUUGCCCCAUAAUGAGCCACGGAUAGUGAAAGAGAUUGUGAAGGACUGCAGUCCCCCAUUGGCCGACAGGAUGCCGGACUUUGCCUUAGAGUCCCAAGGUGCCAGCAUAGUGAGCACUCGGUGUUCCGAGACGUACCGCACUCG